CCUGUUUUAAAGACACGGCUUCUGCGCGUGCGCCAGCCUGGGGACUCCACCCGAAGUUGAUAAUCCCCCGGAUUGUUCAGUCUAAAAACCAUGACCAGCCGACAAUUUAAGAAAGAAAUUCUCAAUCUUUCAAGAGCACUGAGUCAUGUCGUCGAGUAGAAAAGAAUAUUAUGCUAGUAGAGAUGCCUCUAAAGUGUAUUUGUUGGGUUCUUUCCCUCGAUGGAGAGCGUUUAAGGAGCAGCAUAAAUUGAGAACAGACAAGGAUGUGGCGGAUAUGCUUCUUGACAGCUAUCUUGCGAUGAAUCGUAUAGUUUGUUAAAACCUCAACGCCAAACGCGCACUCAAAUCCGCGUCCAUUGUCUGCUUUGUCGGAUGUUAGAACAUCAUAUUCUAUCAGGUCGGGUCAGAGUGUGAUUUCUGACAGUCGAACGUUGACAGCCAAAGAUGAUAGUUCUGAUGAUGAAAGUGAUGAUGAUAAUGACAAUUUUGGUGAACACACUAUCCAGGCAGACCAGGUUUUGUCGGACGAUUCUCUUGAUGUAUGUCCCCCGGGUUUUGACGUGCCAUUACUGGAUGACUUGCUCAAUGUGACAAUCCGUGGACAUGAUGGAGAUGAGCCCACAGAAGAUGUUGGAACCCAACAACAACAACAGCAGCAACAUAAGACGACUCAACCAGAAUACAUCUCUACUGUGGAAGAAGUCAGUCCUGAAGAUGCAAUCAAGAAAGAAAAGUGUAUUGUGUUUACAGACACUCUUAUAGCUUUGAUAACAUCAUUACAUGGGAGUGUUUGUAAACAACAAGGAUGUGGCCGUGUGUUGAGCUAUAAGAAAACAUAUGUUGGAACAUGCCUGGUCGUAUCCUGGGGGUGUAGGUCUGGUCAUGUUGGAGGCAGAUGGGCAGCUCAACCCUCUUGCAACAAGAUUAGAGCAGGCAACCUCGUGCUUGCUUCUGCUUUGUUGUUGUCUGGCAUUCCUACGCCAAGGUGGGGUUGAUGUUCAACUUCUGUAAUCUGCAGUAUUUCUCAUCAAUAUUAUUCAAUCAGUGUCAGAAGUUGUACAUCAUCCCUGCCAUUAAUGACUAACAAAGAGGUUAUAUUGAGUGGUGAUGGAAGGAAUGACUCGCCUGGCCAUAGUGCACAAUAUUGUACUUACAGCUUGGCUGAUACCAAUGAUCGUGCCAUACUGCAAAUGAAUGUGGUUGAUGUGAGAGAAGCUGCUGGUAAGAGCAAUAAUAUGGAGAGGAUUGGGUUUGAAAGAGGGAUGGACACACUGCUUGCAUCACCAAUAGUUAUGAAGGAGGUGGUAACUGAUGGUCAUAUUGAAAUUGCGGCAUUGAUGAAAAGGGAAGAGAAAUAUAAGGAGGUCACACAUCAGAAUGAGAAUGAUGUGUGGCAUGGAGCAAAGAACAUUGCAAAGAAAAUCACUACUGCUGCUAAAUCUAAAGACAAUGCAGAUUUGACCUUGUGGGCACCAUCAAUAAGGAACCAUUUUUGGUAUUGUUCAAAAACAUGUGCUAAUGACUCAAAAAAUCUCAAAGAUAAGUGGAUUGGUAUUUUACACCAUGUUUUUGAUGAGCAUGAGUGGGUGUUGGAGGAAGGUGUAAAUGGUGGAAAAUGUGAACAUGAUCCUCUUAAUGAAAGUGAGAGAAAGAAGCCAUGGCUUAAGAAAGAGUCUUCUGCCCAUAAAGCACUGGCAAAGAUCAUUCUGGACACUCGCUUUUUAAACACUUUGGUGUAUUAUGUUAACUUCAGGCACACAGGAUUUUUAGAGUCCUUUCAUAAUGUAAUUUUGAUGUAUGCUCCAAAGCGCCAUGCCUAUUCAUACUCAGUAUACCAAGCUAGAAACCAGCUUGCUGCCUUGGACUUUAACCACCACAGAGGCCGAGCACCAGCAACUACAGCUGAUGGGAAAGAAAGGUACGGUCGGAAGUUCAGUAAGCGUACACAACAGUGGUGCCGUGUUCGUGUUCUUGUACCAAAAGAAUUUAGUUACAUUCCUGAACUGAUGCAGAAGGUUUUUAUAAAGAGGAUCGAAUCAGAAGGGAAUGUAAACAAAAGACUUGGUAUUCCAAGUGAUGAUCCUAGACAAAUUGCACCCAAUAUUGCCCCUGUUCCUCCUCCAUCAGUACAGACACUUGUCGACACACAUAAAACAAGAUUUUAAUGGUUGUGUGUAAAAUCAAGUUACUUUGGGAAGGUGGAGCUCAUUAGCCAUGGUAGGCAGUGCAGUUCACCUAAGAGAAGGAAAACUCUAAUUUCAAACCCCCAGACCCUAGGUCAGGCUGUCCAUGUCGGAAUCAUUGAUGUUAUCAACGAACACACACACAACGUGUUUUUUCAAGUCACAAAUGCAAAAUACACACAAAUAUUAAUAGAACAAUACCUAUCAUUCGCUGCGAGCAAGCCUUUACGUUUCUCCUUCCCCAUCUUUCGGCGCCGUAGUUCGUUCUGAAAUCAAAUAAGCAAGGAAAAACUAAAUUAAAGUAACUGCUCUCUUGCAUUUGACAUUUUCAACCGGAAUAUAGAAGAUGAAGCAGUAAAAAUCGGCAGGAAUAUCACCACGUACCUAAGCAAGACUUCCAACUUUUCCCGAACUUCCUCGAAACUGCAAGUGCAAAGACUGAGUUUCGUCUAGAUUGUAGGUUCAACUGCCUUUUAUUACUUCAAAGACAAAGAAAAUUCCAAUGGACAAUGAACGCAUUGACAACAAUAGAUAAUCAACUAACUCAUGCCAGACUUGCUUUAAUUAUAUAAAUCAUAUA